AUUAACUUAAUAACUUAAAAUUAAAAUAAAUAUUGGAUACCACGAUUAGUGAUUAUUAUUAAUAUAUCCGCAGAUGUUUUAUUUUAUCGUACUAUGGUCUUUCUCAGUCGUCUGAUUAUCAAUAAUCGUAUUAAACUAUUAACUAUUUAGUGAUCUUACAUUUUUUUAAAUUGUUUAUUUGGACGUUCAUGCUAGUGGUGUAUCAUAAAAAUGUUCCAUUUCUUUUAGUUGUAUGUAUUAUACGUAUUAAUGAUCAAUUUGAGAAAGUAUAUAAAAACUGAAGUGUCAAAUAGAAUGAGAAAUAAAAAAUAAAAAUAAUAAUGGACUUAGAAAUUGAAAAAUAUGUGAGAAAGCAAAUUCAACUCCAAGAACAAAUUAAGGAGUUGUUUGCUGAGAAAAAAAUGUUACAAAACCAAAUCUGUGUACUCAAUGAAUGUUUAUCAUUAGAAAAGGUAAAUCGGAAAAUUUCUGAGUUGGAGAAUAAACAAAAAAUAUUAACAUCAUUAGAAAGUAUGGUUAAUAAUUUAAGAACUGAUAUUAAACCAUUAGAGUAUUUAAAACAAGUUUUGCAAAGACAACUUAUGGUUUCAACUCUACCUACUAAUGAUUUGAAUAUGGAGGAACAAAAAUAUUCUGAAAGUUCAUUGUCAACAUCAAAUAGCUUAUGUGCCAUUGAAACAAUGGAUUCUUCAAGUGAUGUUAGCUCAGAAGACAGUAUCAUGAUUUUAUCAGAUUAUGAUGUGGUUUCGGAUGAAGAACUUUUUAACAAUACAGAAAAAUCUGUUGAGAACAAAGUUAUGUACGAAGAAGCACUGCUGAUGGCAUCUAGUGUGCAUUUAUCAUUGGUUGAACAUCUAAUCUCAAAUAAUGACUCAAUUGAACCUUUUAUAAAUAAUAGUGAUCAAGUAAAAGACAACAAUUGUCAUGUACAAUCUAAUUCUAAAAAUACGGUUUCAUUGAUGAAUACAAGUAAUAAGAGUGAACAACUCUUAGAAUUAUGUGAUGUUGUCAGCAAACUAAACCUUCUAAAUUGUAAUGAAAAUGAAAACAUUGAAAUGAAAUGCAAUGAAAGAAAAACCAAACCAAUAGUUUAUAAAGCAGAUCAGCCAUACAUAUAUGAUAAAGAAUUAUGUGAUACUGGAAUAAAAUCAUUAGAUAAUAAGGAAUGUGAUAAUGUGUCAAAAUUAGUUAAUGAUUCAUGGGUGAAGAUCAACACUAAUGAAAUUUCCAAUGAAAAACUUGUUGAUAUUUUUCAAUCAGUUACUGAUUCACAAAAGGAUAACAAAGUUUCAAAAGUAAACGUAGAUGUAGAUAUUUGUGAAAACAAUAUUGAUGAAAUCAAGAGUUUUGACAAUAGUAACAAUGUCGAUUUUAAUGAUGAAAAUGAAAUUCAAAAGCAAGAUUGUUUGGUUAAAGAUAAAAUUGAUGUCAAUUCGUUACUUUUUAAUGAAGAUUCUAAUGUACUUAAACAAUUAAAUCUACCAAAAGAAAAUUUGAAUGUAGAAAUUCAAGAACAAAAUGAUCAUUUAUGUAAUCACCAGUUUGAAUCAAAAGGUAUUAUUGAAAUUAAAAAUAUUGAAAAUGUUUGCAAUGAUAUUGAUAUAAAGAGUGAAAGUAUUGUUCAACAAUAUGAAAAUAAAAUUAUGUCAUCAUCAUUAUCAAGCACUAAUGAUUCCAAUAUAUCAAAUAAAUUCAUUGAACUGAAAGUUAACACAGAGAAAGAAAGUCAAGUAUAUAUACACCAGUUUGAAUCUAUAAAUAGUAGUAAAAUUAAGAGUUGUCUAACCAAGAAUAUUUAUAAUGAAAAUGAAAAUAAUCCAGUUUGUCCAUAUGAUGAAGUUAAAAUUACAACUUCAUUGCCAAAUACUGAAUGUUCUAAUGUACCAAAUAAAUCGAAUAAUUUAUUUACCAAUAUUAAUGAUAAAGUGUCUUCUAUUAAUAAUAACGAAAAGCCUAUUCUGAUAUGUCGUACUAUAAACCUGAAGGAUGAAUUAUUAAAUGGUAUUCAUCAGUAUGGCAUUCAAGAUCUAACGUCCUUACAACAGCAAUGCAUGUCUCAUUGUAUUAAUGGAUGUGAUGUUAUUUUUCACUCUUAUCCUUGUGUUGGAAAAUCAACCGUGUGUCUCAUUUCAGUGUUGCAAAGAAUUAACACUAGUUUAAAUGAAUGCCAAGCAAUUAUAUUAGUUCCAACAUUAGAAUUGGCAUUGUCUGCUCAAAAGACAAUGAAAUCAAUUGGGAAAUUUUUAAAUGUUUCUACAUGUAUUGGCGGUACCAAUGUUCCUCGUAAACUUUCACCAGUCCCUCAUGUAGUGAUUAGUACUCUACAAGGCUUAUGUGAAAUGAUCAAUUGCAAUUCACUGUGUAAAGAUUUUAUAAAAAUGCUUGUAAUUGAUGAUGCCGAAGACAUGUUAAAAUGCAAUGGAUUUUUUAAUAAAAUUAGAUAUGUUUUAUUAUUCCUUAACAAUAACUGUCAAUUAAUUAUUAUGUCCACUUCAAAAAUAGAGGAAAUCUUAGAUCAGUUUUCUGAUUUAAUGCAGAAUCCCGAGUAUAUAUUGGCACCAAAUGAAAAACCUUCAUUGAAUGAUAUAUUACAGUAUUGUGUUUAUGUACCUGAAGAAUGGAAAUUUGAUGCAUUCUGUGAACUCUAUGAAGUGCUCGAUUUAAUACAUACUGUUGUUUACUGUAACACAUGGAGCAAGUCUUUGGAAAUAGCAGAAGCUAUGCGUCUUAAAACAUAUUUAGUAUCGGCAGUAUAUAACAAAAUGGAUAUAUAUCAGAGGAAUCUCGUACUACACCAGUUUCAAUCUGGUAUUAACAGGGUAUUAAUAACUUCUGAAUUACAGAGAGGCGAGGAUUUUUCAGACAUAUCUUGGGUUAUAAAUUAUGAUCUUCCUAAAAGUUCAAAAGACUAUGUACGUAAAAUUAUUGGUUGUUUUAACCGCAGAGUGAAGGUAAUUAAUUUUAUCACCACAAAUGAUAAGACAGCCAAAGAAGUUAUUGAGACUGAUUUUAAUGUAAGUAUGCUGAAUUUGUCUCAGGAUCUUACUGAUUUAUGUGUAUCUAAUUUGUAAUCUAUUAUUUAAUAAUAAUCCAAUAUUUAAUGUUAAAUAUCAACAAAUAUUACUACUUUGGGAUUAUAUUUUAAUUUGUU